GCUUUAGGUUUGAGGAGGAUGUCUGCCACUGUGAACCCUUUUCAACAUAUAGUUGAGCCUCUGGACCCCAACAACCAAAACCAACAGUUUUAUAAUCUUUCCAAGCUCGGAGACCCCAGAUAUGAGCAUCUGCCGUUCUCCAUACGGGUCCUCCUGGAGUCAGCUGUCAGGAACUGUGAUGAGUUUCUGGUGAAGCGCUCAGAUGUGGAGAGCAUCCUCAACUGGAAGCAGACCCAGACUCAGACAGUAGAGGUACCCUUCAGACCGGCUCGGGUCAUCCUGCAGGACUUCACUGGUGUCCCUGCUGUGGUGGACUUUGCUGCCAUGCGUGAUGCGGUGAUGAAACUCGGCGGUGACCCAGAGAAGAUUAAUCCUGUGUGCCCUGCUGACCUCGUCAUCGAUCAUUCCAUCCAAGUGGACUUUAACAGGAAGUCUGACAGCCUUCAGAAAAACCAGGACCUGGAGUUUGACCGUAACAGAGAGAGGUUUCAGUUCUUAAAGUGGGGCUCUAAAGCCUUCAGGAACAUGAGGAUCAUCCCUCCUGGGUCAGGGAUCGUUCACCAAGUCAACCUGGAGUACCUGGCUAGAGUGGUGUUCAACUACGAUGGGUACUUCUACCCCGACAGUCUGGUGGGCACCGACUCCCACACCACAAUGAUUGAUGGACUGGGAGUGCUGGGCUGGGGUGUGGGUGGAAUUGAGGCGGAAGCAGUAAUGCUGGGUCAGCCAAUUAGCAUGGUGCUGCCUGAAGUGGUGGGAUACAAGCUGUCCGGGACCCCAGACAAGUACAUCACCUCCACUGACAUUGUCCUCACAGUUACUAAGCACCUCCGUCAGGUUGGGGUUGUGGGAAAGUUUGUGGAGUUUUUCGGCCCUGGCGUUGCUCAGCUGUCCAUUGCUGACAGAGCCACCAUCGCCAACAUGUGUCCAGAGUACGGAGCCACAGCGGCUUUCUUCCCCGUGGACGAGGUCAGCAUUCAGUACCUGGAGCAGACCGGGCGAGAAGCAGAGAAACUGGCCUACAUCGCAAAGUACCUGAAGGCAGUGGGCAUGUUCAGAGACUACAAUGACGUCUCUCAGGAUCCAGAUUUCACUCAGGUAGUGGAGCUGGAUCUGAGCACUGUGGUCCCCUGCUGCAGCGGACCCAAAAGACCUCAGGACAGAAUUCCUGUGUCCAACAUGAAGAACGACUUUGAGUCGUGCCUGGGAGCAAAGCAAGGUUUCAAGGGUUUCCAGGUGGCUUCUGAGCAUCACAACACUGUGGUCCCCUUCCAGUUUAAUGACAAAGAGUACACAUUGAGCCACGGCUCGGUGGUCAUCGCUGCCAUCACCAGCUGCACCAACACCAGCAACCCGUCCGUCAUGCUCGGAGCAGGGCUCCUUGCGAAAAAAGCCAUCGAGUGUGGCCUGAGUGUGAGGCCGUACAUAAAGACCAGCCUGUCCCCUGGAAGUGGAGUGGUCACAUACUACCUGAAGGAGAGUGGAGUGAUGGACUACCUAUCUCAGCUGGGCUUUGAGGUUGUUGGCUAUGGCUGCAUGACGUGUAUAGGCAACAGUGGGCCCCUCCCAGAGCCCGUGGUGGACGCUAUAACACAGGGGGAUCUGGUUGCAGCAGGCAUCCUGUCAGGAAACAGAAACUUUGAAGGCAGAGUCCACCCCAACACCAGAGCAAACUACCUGGCCUCCCCACCGCUCGUCAUCGCCUACGCCAUCGCCGGCACUGUGAGGAUAGACUUUGAGACAGAACCCAUCGCCGUUAACUCUGAAGGAAGAGAGAUUUUCCUGAGGGACAUCUGGCCGUCGCGGGAGGAGAUCCAGGCUGUGGAGAGAACCUUUGUCAUCCCGUCAAUGUUCAAAGAAGUCUAUGAGAAGAUUGAGAGAGUGAAUGAACGCUGGAACUCUCUGGUCGCUCCCUCUGACAAACUGUACACCUGGGACCCCAAUUCCACCUACAUCAAGUCUCCACCUUUCUUCGAUGGUUUGACGAUGGAUCUGCAGCCUCCAAAGUCCAUCCAUGACGCCUAUGUGCUGCUCAACCUUGGAGACUCGGUCACCACUGACCACAUUUCUCCUGCAGGGAACAUUGCCAGGAGCAGCCCCGCCGCACGCUACCUGACCAACAGAGGCUUGAGCCCUCGGGACUACAACUCAUACGGCUCCAGGCGAGGUAACGACGCCGUCAUGGCCAGGGGGACGUUUGCCAACAUUCGCCUCUUUAACAAGUUCCUCAACAAGCAGGCACCACAAACCAUUCACCUGCCGACUGGAGAGACGCUGGACGUGUUUGAUGUGGCAGAGAGAUACCAGCAGUCCGGGGUCCCUCUGCUGAUUCUGGCAGGGAAGGAAUACGGUUCAGGCAGCUCCAGAGACUGGGCUGCAAAGGGGCCCUUCCUACUGGGCAUUAAGGCAGUUGUGGCAGAGAGCUAUGAGCGGAUCCACCGCAGUAACCUGGUUGGGAUGGGAGUAAUACCUCUGGAGUAUCUCCCAGGAGACACUGCUGACAGCCUGGGACUGACCGGCCGAGAGCGCUACACCAUCAUCAUCCCCGAGCAGCUCACGCCCAGGAUGAUCGUGGAUGUGAAGCUUGACACCGGGAAAACAUUCCAAGUGCGGAUGAGGUUCGACACCGAUGUAGAGCUGGCAUAUUUCCACCAUGGAGGCAUCCUCAACUACAUGAUCCGCAAGAUGUCCGAAAACUAACGUGCCAAGUACAACACAGAGCAACACGUCAUUCCUCUAAUUCUCAGCCACAGUUCAACAUGGCGCCAUCAUAGUGAGUUCAUGUCAUGGUUGACUGAAGAUUAACGUCCAAAAAUAAUCCAGUCGUUGUCAACAUUUAGUGCAGAGAGCCUUUUACAGAUAUUUAUCCCUAUGUUCUCAUUUUGGAGAAUGCUGCUACUUUGAUUUACAUAGCAGAGCUGAGGGGAAUAUAUACGAGAUGUGGAUAUUUAGUUAACAUAUGCAAGAUGAUUUUAAUUCAAGGUGUUAGAAGUGGACAUGCAAUGAUUUAUUGGCUGGUAAAUAGAAUCAAUUCAGCUUUUCUGCUGGUCUUUUAAAUAGACCAUCAGAUUUAUCUGCAGGCGCGGCAGGAUGGCUCAAGUCACACGCACAGUGAAAGUAAUGGACUAUUCUAGGGUUUCAUUAAUUGGUUUGUGGUAGCCAGUCACUAUUAACCCCUUGAAACCUGGGCAAAUUGGCUUAAUGUCUUUACAAAUCAGGGGAGAAAAGUAAUGAGCAAAUCAAAAGAAAUUUUCCCAAAUUAGUGAAAAGCUACAAGAAAGUUACCUAAAAAUUAAAAGAGAAAAAGGAAAAGAAAAGGUGUUUUUAAAAAAAGGAAAUAGCUUUAAACAGUGCUUAAAACGUAAUUAUCUUUAAAUAUAUAAUUAACUUUAAAUGUAUUUUCUGUCUUUUUUUGUCAAUUCUUUGUCGGCUUUUCCUAAUUUGUGGGACGUUUCUUGCCAAGCUGCUCUUUGCCUUUUUAGCCAUGUUUUCAAAAGAAAUAACAAAACAGUUUCCUCAGGUUUCAGAGGUUUAAAUGCUUGUGACUGACGUCAAUCUAGUUUUCAAAGAGAUAACUUCUCUGCUGCAAUGAACAGAUUAUCUAUUCUAAGAGCUAGAUCAUUCAUUGGGAGCGCUGUUGGAAUAUAUAUACCAUUCAGUUAUAGUACCACAUUGUCGGAGUACGGAGCAUACUCUGGGCACAGACUGAGCAGCAGGCAAAAAAAUGAAAGUGAAACAUAGUCGUAAC